UCUAGGACUUCUAGUUCUAGUCAAUUAUGCGAUGCGUGAAUAGUGACGAGAGUAGUUAGGUACUUUUUUAUUGUCAAAUGAUGAAAAGAAGAUAAUAAAAAUGGUCGUUUCGUAAAACAGUUGGGACGUUUCGGACGCAACGAGGGCAAAUAUGUAAAAUCUAGAAAUAACAUUUGCUGCAUCCUCAUUUUUUCAUUCAUCAUUGCUGUACGCUUGAGAGCUGAGAUUAAAUAAUAUAAAGAAGAUGAAUUUUGGCGUUGAUUGGGAGACUGAACAUCGACGUAUUUUGCUGGAUGGAAAUGCAGCGUUGGAACGUUCGGCGCAGUCGGUCGCCAGAUCGCAAGCUGUUGCAGCGGAGAGUGAGCAGAUUGGCACGGAAGUGAUCUCCGAAUUGGGUGAACAGAGAGAUCGUCUUUUGCGAGCAAAACGGAGAUUGUCACAAACGGACGAGGAAUUGAAUAAAACGCGAAAAAUUUUGAAUGUUAUGCGAUUGAAAGUUCUGACAAACAAAAUUGUGCUAAUCUUGAUUAUAUUACUAGAAUUAGUCAUUCUUGGUAUAAUUGUAUACUUGAAAUUCUUUCAUAAAUAAUCUGCCUAUUAUGUUAAGCUUAUAGUAAAGCUGAGAAGGAAUAAUAUUGUACAUAACAUAUAUAUAUAUAUACAUUAAUAUACUAUAUAUAUUCAUGAUUAAUAGAGCUAUGGUUAAGCACACGUUCUGUAAAAUUAAAUAAAUGUGUAAAUUUUUAA